AUGAAACAACCCAUCUUAAAUAAAGGAUCAAAACCUGAGAAGAAUCCAACUUCUUAUAAUAAUGAUGGUUUUGGAAGAGAUACAUAUAUUUCAUAUAAUAAUGGUGGAAACUUUGGUACUGAAUUCAGAUUUCUUACUAUAUAAUAAAACAGAACAGGAAUGAAUAUGAUGCCAACUCCUGCAUCUAGAGCUUCAGAAGUACCACAACGUAUCUUUUAUUAAUGUGAUGGAACUGGGAGAGAUACCUAUGUUUUGUAUUAUCCAUCAUUUAUUUAGAUAAAAUGUGUAGGAAAAAUACUCACCUAUCCAAAAUUACAAAAGAAUGCUAAGAACUUCAGAUCAAUUCUUCUCCUCUCCUAAAUAUAGAUAUCAAUUACCACCACUUGUUAGAGAAAGAUUUAAGAAAACACAAUAAUCAUAGAGAAGUCUUAUUAGUCGAUUGUCAUAACCUAAACUAAAAUAAAGUUGUUGA